CUGAUUUAAGGAUACUUCUCGUGCGCGCUCACUCAGUUCAGGCCGCGACUUGCAUGGCAGCAGGCGAGAGGGGUUCCCCUCCGUACGUCGCCGCACUGUCUUGCAUGAAUUGAAGAAGGGAAAAAAAAGAGAGAGAGAGAGAGAGAGAGCAGCGCGUACUGGAAUGCGGUGCGACGAAAGUUUUUUUUUUUUUUAAACCCGGGACGUUGAACGCAGCGCAGCAGACCGAGCGGAGAGGACUGCGCGUCCUGGUUCUCCUUGAUGAGGCAACCUCCAAAUGACGUCGAGAUGGCUUUAGGUGGCACGCUUCUUCCAUCCAUAUCCACGUUCGCCAGCGGACCCACUGUCAUGAGUAAAUCCAUCGGGAAUGCCCAUUUAAGAUGGAAGGAGGAGCUGUCCCAUCUUAAGUCCAGUGUGCCGACCGGAAGUGGCUGCUCCGGCCCGGACCAGCCCACUGCCACCAGCACGACGAGCCCCGGCAUGUCCAGGAAAGAGACGGAGCCGGACCUGGACUUGGACUACGACUUCAUCCUGUCGAACUCUAUUCUGCAGCAGCAGCAGCAGCAGCAGCAGCAGCAGGAGGAAGAGGAGGCCGCCAUGGCGUGCAGCUCUGCCCAGACCAUGUCCCCUUCCCCCAGCUCUUUCUCCUCAUCCUACCCUCUCCCCUCCCCUCAGGGCACUGCCAGCGAGCUCCUCUAUACCAUUCCCGACAUCAGCGACGUCUCGCCCUCCGGAGGCUUUGUGGCAGAGCUCAUGAGGCCGGAGUUGGACCCGGCGUACCUCCACCCCACCAGCCUCCACGGCAAGUUUGUGGUAAAGACAACGCUGGACAUGGGAGAGUACAGCCGGGCCGUGAACGUGAGCAAGAUCUGCGUCGGCGCCGCGUCGGAGCCGACGCCGUCGCGCUCCUCGCCGUCCUUCCCGUGCCACAGGAUAAAGCAGGAGAACCUCGGCACGUGCAGCAUCUCGCAGCCCAUGGACCUACACCUCAACCCCCAGGGCAGAGGGAGCCAGCAGCAGCAGCAGCAGCAGCAGAGGCCGUGCCAGUUAGAGCUCCACGGCUUCCCCGGCGGAGGGGGGAGAUCCAUGACAGGCCGGUUGUCCUCAUCCUCUUCGCUGUCCCCGGACCACCCUCUGAGCCGGGAGCACCAGGUUCUGGGGCAUCCUCAUUCUCAGAUGCCUCUAACCCCCCAGGGUUACCACCACGGCUCCCCACAGGGCUACAGCGGCUACCCUCAGCCGUCCUCCCUGCAGUACCAAGACCCCCUCAUGAUCUCCAGCGGUGACUGCCUGCCGGAGGAGCCCAAGCCCAAGCGUGGCAGGCGCUCCUGGCCCCGGAAGAGAGUGGCCACGCACACAUGUGACUACGUUGGCUGUGGGAAAACGUACACGAAGAGCUCCCACCUCAAAGCGCAUCACCGCACGCACACAGGGGAGAAGCCUUACCACUGCGACUGGGAGGGCUGCGGUUGGAAGUUUGCACGUUCGGACGAGCUCACGCGCCACUACCGGAAGCACACGGGCCACCGGCCGUUUCAGUGUCAGAAAUGUGACCGGGCCUUCUCCAGGUCGGACCACCUCGCUCUCCACAUGAAGAGACACUUGUGAGACUUUGGGACUUUGGGUGGAGAGGGGUGAAAAAGACAAAGAAGAAGAAGAAGAAGAAGAAAAAAAAUCCAAAGCACGUGUUAGCGAGAACCCGGGGAAACAAAACUUGUGACCUGGAAAACCAUCAUUUGCCUUUCAAGCCGAUGUCAAGCAACGAGACAAGCUGUGAUGUUCACGGCCCAAAAAAAAAAAAAAAAAAGACAGCGUUACUCCCUCAAGAGCAAACAGACCUGAGCCGGUCGUCGCGCAACUUUUAUGAAAGGGACCAAACUGGAAUUUGUCUUAUUUAACUGACAAAACUUGGAGGACCAGGUGCCAACAACUUUUAACUGGAAAUGUUUUUCUGUCAGGGAAAAACCAGGAGCAACAGACAAACAUCUCCAGAGGCCUUAGACCAGCAACAUGCCCAUAUAGGCUCUGUUAUCAACUACACACUGUUUAAAAUACUGUAUUGAUAAAUACAUCUAUAUUUAUAUACACAUUUCACCUGCAAUGCCAUUAUUUUCAGGUACAAUGUUAAUUUAUACUGAACGGUGCUCAGUGACUCUGAAGAAGGUUUCAUUUUUUUUUUUUGUUAAUUAAAGGUACCAAAGAUUAAGGACAAUUUAAAAAAAAAAGGAUAUCCAAGACUAUGAAAAAGUGCCAUAUGGUUGUUUCUGCGUUUCUCGCAAACCCCUCUUCCACAAUCUGACUUAAAUCAGGUGAACAGCUCACUUUAUACACGGUGAUCUUCAAUGCACUGCAGUCGCAAAAGUGCAAUAAUUUAUAUGAGACAUUCAUAUUUUUGUAUUGAAUGAGUAACUCUGAACAAAGAUUUCCUUUUGUUUAUAGCCAAAAUAUGUAAUAUAAUCUUGAGUUUUUGUACAUUUGUAAAUAAAAAUGCUUUGUUAUUGUUUUGUAUUUUACACUAUAAUAAAAUACAAUGUAUUUGAAA